UGAUGCGCGACAAGACGUUGCCUCAUUGGCUACAUCUUUAUGCGAACGAAGAACACUAUCAAUGGCAGGGUAGCGAGCUCCAUGGCCGCAAGGUCUUUUAUAGACCUCUUGGGCUUGUCGAAUCGGUCUUCGACUCUGAUGGCAGAUACUGCGAAGGCCGUGCCGAUUUGAACGUCGAUUUGGAAGUUGCAGUAAGGACAAGUCUACUGAGGGAGGAUGUUCGUCACCACAUUCUCCAUGCCUGGGCUUGCUUACGGAUACAACAUUUACUGCUCCAAGCCAAGGCUGUCCGGGGCAUAGAUUAUAACAAGCAGGAGAUUUUUUUCGUUGUCAAUGCCGAGUCUAGCCUUAACAGCAUUCUCUCAAGCGCUGCGGGCCACAUUGUGUUUCUCGAUGAGCAUUUUCAGAGUGUCGACCGAGCGGACUUCUGGCUGCACUGCCAGAAUGGUAGCAGAGUAGUAGAUCCGAGCAAAGCUUUAGCGAAGCUCUUUGUCUUCCCUCCUAAGGAAGACCAGCUCGGACAUUCAGUGCUACGCUUUCUAUUCGUGGGCGCUCACCAGAUUUGGGACGGCAUGACUACAUCGACAUGGCUGCGAGACCUGGUGCAUCACCUCAAUCGGACUACUGCAGAACUGGAGAGUCUCAUGAUGCAAUGGUCACAGCCGGCUAGCAUAAAGCGCAGGCUGCCGCUGCCCCAAGAGGCGCUCUACCCGUCCGUGGCUGGAUCGGCUGCUCGCAGACGGUGGUAUUGGAUCCUGACUAGGAUACUUCGCCAUGUCAGGAAACCUCUGCAGGCGGGCUUCGCUAAUCCUCUCCUCCGUGAAAAACGCGCCGACGCUGUGUCAUUGUCACCUACGUACGCUGCUGUCUUGGACUACUCCCGAUUACCUCCUCUGAACACCCUGAAGGCGUCGAUUGAUCUCCCGUCUGCGAACGCCAAGCAGCUCCACCGACUGUGCCGCGAAGCUGGUACCAGCAUAGGAGCAGGUUGCUUCGCUUUGGCAGCUCUCACAAUGAUGGAAAUGUACGAAGCAGUGUCACCCUCGAUACCUCUGCUAGAGCGCAAGCCUUUUAUUUCUGGCUUCCCACUGAACCCGCGAGCAUUCUUCAAUCAUCACAACGAGCCAGACAGCUGCAUGCUUGCUUUCAGCGACGGAAUCUUACUCCCAUUCCUGCCCUCCACUCUUCCGCUGGAUGGACGAAUCAGGCUGCUUGCGAAGCAAGCUCAACGGCAGCUUGCUGCGUAUCAGAAGCGAAGCGGCCCAACAACUUCGGAUGUGGCACUGCAGUACAUGGGUAGCCGUGGUGCUGGCCGCGUGCUAGCUACUCAGUAUCUCUCCAGCCUCGAGCGAGCGGACGCCCUCCUGCCAGAGCAUCUACGGACGGGCAUCAACCCGCAAGGCGCAUAUCCGAUGCGGCCCAACAUGACAACGCAGACAUGCGGUGUUAGCUCCGUUGGUCGUAGAUCGUUGAAACCUGGCAUGUACGACCUCGGAGAUCAGUCUAAGGAUUUCGUGGCCGAUUACAGGGAUACAGCGGCCAACGUGAGAGCCAGAGAUGGAGAGUUCCUGAUCGGGAUUGGAGGCUCAGAUGAUGGUUUGGGGGUCAGUGUCAGUGUCGACGCCUCAGCGAUGGAUCUUGCAUUGGUAGAAGUGUGGAAGCAAAAGCUGCUGCAUAUACUCAACGAGAUCCCGGCGAGAGAGCAAGCGAUGCUGUGAACAUACAAUGCACGCGAUUCAUCUCUAUAGUUUGGGGGACGCUCGAAAGGCUGCUCCUGCUGAGGUUCUUGAUGACCCUGUAUGAUCUAUUUACGUGUUUUAGAUAGUACUUGUGUAACGCCAAUAGCUCACAACUUGGAUCGGAC